GCAUAAAAAUAUUUAAUAAAAAACGAUAAAAACAUGAAUUAAAAAGCAGUUGUAAGUAUAAAAAACAUGAGAAUAUGCGUCAGUUAGUGUAAUGGAUAUCAUGUCGAGUUAAAAAUACAAAUAUGUCGAAAGUAAACACGACAAUUGAAUGAAAUAUUAAUGAAUCAACAAGAUAAGUAAAUGAAUCAGUGUUAAAUCGAAGAUGAAAUGUGAUUGAGAAUAUAUUAGUACGUUUUCUUAGCUUGCAGAAAUGUGUCAUGUCCUUGCUUGGUUGUAGUGAGAUAGGAGAGGAGGAGGCUCACAAGACAGAGUCGAGCUCAAUGAAUGCACGUCAUUUCGAGUCAUUCAUAUAUCCGCAGGUUGUCCUCGUAUCGCGCGGGUUCGCCUCAUUCUGUUGCGUGUGCGCUUGUGAGAAGCGAGAAUGUUCACAAACCCGUACACAACGAGGACUCGAAUGCCAUCGAGCUGAAAAGAAGGGAGAGAUUCAAGGAUUUGCCAAUGGCGUAAUGAUAGCUGUUUGGAACCCUGCCUCCAAUAUUGAUUCUCUAUUUUCAUCCUUCACCUAUUUAAAUUGCUUUAUAAUCAAUACAACGAUAUCUGCAUUAGGUUUCAACAGUCUUCAAAUAUGAUAUGUAUUUAAAUUUUAGCUCUAAACUUACUUUACUUCAAGAUCUGGGUCAAAAUUAAAUCUCAAUUGGGCCCAACAGACUUCGCACGAGUGUGGUGUCAAUCAACGGUGUCAAUAUAUGUAACAUGUGAGUUGUAUACGUGUCUUCUUGGUUUAAUAACAUGUGUCCGCUGGCUUUAUUGGUUCAACUGGACAAACGAGUUGCCUAUUGAUACAUUUGAGAUGAUUGCAGCAAGUUACAAUGACUUGAAGAAAUACAAUAAAAGCUCUAUAUAAAAGUAAUGUUUAAUAGAAGAAAAUGGUUCUAAAGAUGUAAAUUACGUUCCUGAGUUUACAAUAUGAACAUGAAUGAAGUAUCGUGUCUGGUCUACUGUAACAGCUACGAGUGAUGACUUGUGAAAGAAAGGGAAAAGAAAAGAGCUAGUAUGGUAACUUGUAUAAAUGCACUUUAUUAUAUUAAGUAAUAAAUAUGUUUCAUUUCAAUUGUUUAUAUUAUCAGGAUGAAAUUUGAAAAAUUCAACAACUUUAAGCAAAGAUAGGUUGUUAGAAAAAUCAUAUUUUUAUUUAGAAUCUUAUCAAUGUAUAUUCCACCACCACCAUGCAACCAUUUAAACAAUGGCGCUUUUUUAUGAUAGAUGGCAGGUAGAUCGUAAAAAAUGGAUGAAAAGAAAGAUUUCCUAAGUGCUAGAAAUUGAUCAGAGUAUUGAAGUUAAAAGUAUGCUACGUAAAAUAGUGAAUAAGAAGAAGAGGCAAAAAAAAGUGUUGAGAAAUAGGAAGUUGUGGGUAUAAAUCGGCGAGAUACGUUACUGUCUACAACAUGGCCGCCGAGGCCAGCUGAACUUCUCUCGGAACACGUAUCUCCUCUCACUUUAACUUGUUCUCUGAUUCUUUCUAUCUCUUUUCCCUUCGUGUGUCGUUUGCUUAUCUUCAGUAAAGCUGGACAGCUUCCUUGAUCAUGUAUUUUCAGUAUUAGCAAUAAUUCGUGUACUGGGAGGAACAUAGUUAAAAACAGGCAAAAGACGAAGAUACUUGGGCAGGUUAUGCGAGUGAAGGAAAAGCAUUUGAAAAGUUAUGCUUGUUGGUAGUAGGCCCAAGUUAAACUUAAAGGUUCUUCGCCCUGGGAGUGUCACCUCGUUCCCCUCUUGGUCCAUGCAACACUCGAGUAAGAGAGAAAGAGAAAAGAAAGAGAGAGAGAGAAAGAAUAAACGACGACCUGGCAGAUCAGGCGGAAGGCGCGCGAUGGAAGAUCAACACGAUGACGCGGGAUGCGGGGAAAGACGACAGCUAUUUCUGUGGUCUUAGGAGCCGCCGGUAUAAAAUAAGCAGUGAAUGAAAGAGCCUGUUUACUGGCGGCCUACGCGAUCACCGCUCUCUCGUCCCUUCUCCUCAGUGUCGUUCAUCCUCUCCCUACUAUUUAGAAAACUACACCGUCCGGUGAGUCGGUCUCGGUCGCCCUCACGCGAUUUCCUCGCUAGAGAGGGACAUUCUCGCGCCUGCGUAUGAGCAACCUCGCGUGCGCGGUGGUAUGGAGAGGAAACAACGUCUGGAGUGGGGGAGGCUGAGAAGAGCAACCGAGGCCGCCAGUGUGUAAGGAGCGCCCGUGAAGUUCCUAUCACUUUUCUUGUGUUUUUCUAUUUUUUAUUUUAACACGUUAUUCCGUGAACUUUUUUCGAAUUUUUUCUCAAUGUUUUAUUUUUUUAACAUCGGAGUUUUAACAAGUUGUUGUCAAAAAGUUCAACAAGUUUAUAUUUAUUAACGAUUCACGUGGUUUCAUGAGUUUACUAUUGGUCUAUUUAAAUAUAUCAUUGUCUAAAAUGGUUUUUAAAUCACGUUGAAACGUGAAGAGUAAUAUAAUUGUGAAAGUGACAAAUUCAAUAAAACAAUCAAACAAUCAUGAUUAUUUAUCAAUAAUAUUUAAAAUAAUUGAAUUAAAAUUAACAAUGAUACUUGAAUAUUAUUGAAAUAAAAUAAAGAAAUGAUUGAAGUUUUAAAAUAAAUAACAGCAAAUAAUAUUUAAAUAUAAAUAUAAGAAGAGAUUUGUAAAAAAGUUACUUUCAUUUACUUGAGUUUAUUCGUCUUCCUCUUCUUGAAAUCUCUUUAUCUCGUUCCCUCGUCGAGUCUCAUCGCCCUGAAGAGAGGGGAAGAGUUUAUCGUGGCACAACGACGGGGCUCGAGGAGCCGCCUCGGGAUUAUCGCAGGGUGCGCGCCGCGUUCACGCGCUGCGCGUACCAAACUGCUGCUGGUGGGUGUAGAGUGUUUAAUAAAUAUUACACCGAAACUGUUAAUUAUUAAAAUAAAAAAAAAAAAAAGAAAAACCAAAGUGAAUGAAGUUUAAGGAGUCAUAUAAAGGCCCCAAAAAUCACGAAUAUUUGUGUUGUAAAUACAUAAUAAAAACAGUGAAUAAUAAUAUUGAGGGUAAAAUAUCAUCAAGAGGGUGGUGGGGACGUGAUUUAUUAAUUUAGCGCACGGUGGAUUAAAAGUGUGGAAGUGUGGAUACCUUAGACUGUCCCCCGCCCCCGGCGCUGCCACCGCGGCGCCCACCCUGGCCGCCAAAUAAACAACUUAGUUGUUCAACGCUUAGGAACAUUGAGGCUGCUUCAGGAUCAAUUGGUACUGGUGGUGGCGGUGGUUCUGUCAUUAAUCCAUCACAUAUCACCACUGGAUCGUCAAUAACGUCUUCACCAAUUACCACCCCGUUAAUCACGAGGUCCGGUAAUAUUGGGAGACAUCACCAAGGACUGAGGUGUCAUCAAACCCCGCCGCCACCCCCGUCACUCGCGCCACCACAGUACCCCGCACCACCUAGGCCACCUAGUCGUAACGGUGGGGAUGAAGUGCGUGUUGCGAGGACGGGAAGCGGCCACGGGGACACAACCUCAAAUGGAACGUCGACACCAACGAGAGCGGUACCAUCCCGUGCAGGUUGGGCAGUACGUUCACCAGCAGGUCCCUCAUCAUCAGCAUUAUCAUCGUCACUAUCAUCUUCAUCACCAUCUUCGUCGUCGUCAUCAUUGGCAGUGCAAAAGUCAACAGGAGUAUGGACUGAUCGUACAAAUGCAUCACCAGCACCAUCAGUUCACUCAAUUUCCAGUGUACCUCCAGCGUCAAGUGUGUCAGGAACUCAUCCAUCAUCACUUACGACACCAGUGCUCAGUCCUCGUCAAACAAACCAGUCUGGACGUUGGCCUGAGAGACUAGAAUUACGAGCUCCAAUGUCCAGUUCAAAUACAAUUGGAUCACGGCCUCCAUCCUCGGCUUCCAGUGGAUCCACUAAUAAUUUAGCAAGAGUGCAUGGUGGUCAUGAUCAUACGCGGCCUUUACCACCUCCAAGAUUGCCUGAAACAAUAUCAACAAUUGCACCGUUGACAGCGCCAUUAACGCCAUUGUCAACAUCUAGUAGCUUCAGAACGAGUUCAAGAUUACCUCUGAUCAGUUCACCAACUGAUAGCAUUAGAAGUGAAACGUCGAGAACUGUAGGUGAAGUUACGUUGACGGUACCAAGGCCGGAUGGCGAAAGAAUAGUCAAUGAGUAUGUGGAAACACCAUUUCGACAACCAACAACACCACCAAGUCAAAAAUGUUUAAAGAAUGAAAGAAGCCAUCAUCAUCAUCAUCACCACCAUCACCAUCAUCAUCAGUCGCAGUUACAAAAAGCUUCAGAAGCACGACCACAAUCUCGGAAACAUCAAGCACACUUAUUGCAGUCAUCACCAAGUCAACCUGUUACUAAGCAACCGGUAUCUUUUACUAAAGAACCAGCUAAUGCUCUUGGAUCCGGUUCUCUGAACAGGCCCAAUGACACUAGUCUCUCCAUCAUGUGUGACUUUUGUGGCCGAUGUAGAUGUGAAUCCUGCCGAGAACCUCCGCCUCUUCCUAGUCGAUGGCUUUGCCACAAUUCUUGCUACUGUUCGGCUGAAACUGCGCUUGAUUACGCAUCUUGUCUUUGUUGUGUCAAAGCGAUAUUUUAUCACUGCGCUGAUACUGGUGGUAAUGGAGAUUCUGAAGCUGGAGGAAGCUGUGCAGAUGAACCAUGUUCCUGUUCUGGUUCGAGAAAAAUAGCACGUUGGGCUUGUCUAGCACCAUUGGCUAUGAUUUUACCUUGUUUACUAUGCUAUUGGCCGCUCAAAGGUUGCGUUACCGUUUGUGAAACCUGUUAUGCUCGGCAUGCAGCUCAAGGCUGUAAGUGCGAUCCCAAUACCAUGGGAAGACAUCAUAUUGGACCGCCCAACUCCUUAGUAGUUUCUAGAGACUCUCGAGAUCCUGAAAAAAGACUACUAGAUCCUGUAACACCUGAAUUAUGAACGAAACCAGAAAAUAAUAUGAAUCUAGUGUGUAUUGAAAUGUAAAGUAAACAAAACAUGCUUUUGAAAAAGUACCAAAGUGCGAGUUCCGAAUACAAGUGCCGGGGUAAAAGUGUGUAUUUGGACAAAUGUUUAAGAAAUAUACGAUGAUGGGUCGAUAAUAUAAAUGUGGUAGAAAAGAAGAAGUGUAUCGCAAUUAGUACAAGAGUUGCAUUUAAGAUGAUUGUUAUUUUAAUGAAAGAUACGCUAUUAAAGUUGCAUAAGAAAAUGGCUAAAAAUAAUGAAAAAAGACCUGGAGUUUUAUUGUAUUUAUUAUUCAUUUGUUAAAUACGAAUGAUAAGAGACAUAGUAAUGUGCGAAAUACUGAAUCGUGUCAUUAUAUUGAAUAUUAUUAUUAUUAUUAUAAAAAAAAAAAAUAAAUUAAAUUAAAUAAAUAAAAUAAUAAUAACAAUAAUAAUAAUAACGAUAAUGAUAAUAAUAUUAAUAAAUAAUCCUCGGACGUUAUUUUAAACAAAUUUACAAUGACAUUAGAAACUAUGUAGACAUAAACAUGCAGACAAUUAACAGAUGUAUCCCCGAUAUAAAUUACAUUAUCACUCAAGUGAACAACACAACAAAUAAUAAUGAUUAUUAUUAUUAUUAUUAUAAUGACUAAUUAUAUUACUGUAUAUUACAUUUGUAUAAAGAGUAAAAACUUUUUCUACAGUUUAUUUAUUUAUAAAGAGACUCGUCACGAUGUUUUUUUUUGUUGGAAUUAGAGAAAUGAAAAUGUUAUGAAAAAAAUUUCAAAUAUUAUUUCUAAUAUUUCCUUUUUAUAUAUCAAAUAUAUAUACAUUAUAUAUUUAUAUAUAUAUAUAUAAUAUAUAGAUACUGAUGUGAAUGUAACAUGUGUAUAUAUUUAUGUAUAAAAAUGGAGCUAAAUCAUUCUAAUUUCAAAUUAUUAGACGACGAAAAGAUAAAAUAGGGGAACAGGAGUGAUAGAUAGGAAGUCGUACAAACAACAACAAAUUUAAAAAAAGGAGAAUAUGAUGAUAAUGUGGUUAAGAGUAAAGAUAAUGAUUAGGAUGAUGACUAUAAAACUCGAGCAAAAAAAAGAAACGAGUACGAGUGUCUUUACUUUAUUAAUUUUCUUUCCAGUAUUAUCUAGUCUUGUGAACGUUUCGUCGAUGUGAAAACGAUAAAUUAGAUUAUUUGUUAAUUAUUGUUGUCUAUUUUUUUACUUCCUAAUUGCUUUAAUAUAAAAUAUAAUCUGUUUAAAAAUCUAAAAAAAAAAAUAAAUAAAUAAUUUAACAUGUUAAAAUAUGUGAAAUAACAACAAUAAUAAAAAGAAGUCUAUAAUCUAAUGAUUCGUUUUCUUUUGCACGUGGUAUCGCCAUUUUGUUUUAUGAUUAUUUUUUGUAAUCAAGAUGAGAGCCUGUGUGUGUAUGAGUGGGUCAAUGAGCGCAACAGAAUGAAACAAUUAAAAUGGAUGAAAGAGGAAAACAGAAGCGUAAAUAUAUUGAUUUAUAUAUUUACCAUUUGUAAUCACUUUCGAUUCAAGAUAUAUUUAUAAUGGAUUAAUUUAAUAAAUUAUUCGUAAUUAUUGAGGGGGAUGUGGGGGAAAACUGUAAAAAGCAAUGGAAAAAAUAUUAAAAACAAAGAUUAAACAUUAAAAUACAAAUUGACAUAAAAAUAAUAGCGAUUAAUAGUCAACAAAUAGUAGCAUGAUGGCAAAAAAAAAACAUGUAGCACUAGAAAAAACAGUAUCACUGACCGUAAAUGUGGUAGAUAAUAUACAAUAUAUUAUAAAUCUGUAAAAGACGAAUAUUAAAAAAUAAUUUCAUUAUAUUUACCAAACGAAAAUUGAUAAAACGAAUUUUAUGAUGUAAAUGAGAAUGAAUGAUUGUAAAAGAAGAAAAAACGAAAUCACAAAUGACUCAAUGUAUGAGAGAAUCACGUAAAAGCCCCCUUUACGUUUACUUUUAAGCUUACACCCACUGUAUAUGUCUUGUAAAUAUAUAUUUGAAAAAUUUGAGAGAUGCA